AUGGACCGAAUUGCUGGUGCUCUUUAUUUGAGCAUGAAGGAGGUUAAAGAUAACUGGAAGCCUAAUGGUGGAACAAAUGGAUUCCAUGUGAAAUUUCUGAUAAAGAAGGUCGAUACCCUUGCUAUUGAGAAGAAAUGGAGAGAAUUCAACGCUCUCUUAGCCGUUAUGAUCUAUGGUUUGGUGUUGUUCCCGAAUAUUCCGAAUUUCGUCGAUCUAACUGCUGUUUGUCUCUUCAUGGAUCAAAAUCCUGUGCCCACUCUUUUAGCAGAUACUGAUUAUACCAUCCACUCUAGGUAUGGAAAGAAAGGAUCAGUUGGGGGUUGUUUACCGUUGCUAUAUGAGUGGUUCACUUCACACUUGCCUAAAAAUGGGCCGUUUGUUACAACAAAAGACUCACAAAAAUGGCCUCAAAGGAUCAUGGGGCUUACUGAAAAUGACAUCGUCUGGUGUCCUACUGGAAUGGGCAUAGAGGAAGUUAUAACUAGUUGUGGCACUUUUGACAAUGUUCCCCUCAUAGGAACGAAAGACAAGCCUUUGGACAAAGAGAUAUUCGAAUCCGUUUGCUUUGAGAAAGGAACUGAUCCAGAGGGAUUGAAAAAAGUAAGAAGCGCCUGGAAUUGCAUCCACACAGAUGACCAGACUUCCCUAGGUGAGAAAAAUGCCGUUGCCAACCAAGCCUAUACAAAUUGGGUCGAAGAAAGAGUUAAAGAUCGCCUGUUGCCUUUCCCGAAGGUUAACCCAUUGUACGAGCAACCACCUAAGGUUCCAAAUGCCACUAUGUUUGUUGAGAAUGGCGCCCAAGUGAAUAUGGAAAGCACCCAAUUGCACGAAAAGAGGUCAAAUGCGCGACCAAAACAUCAUCUUGUGGACCAAAUAAGGGUUGAGUUGAGACAUGAAGUCAAGGUGCUGAAAGAAGGAUCUUUGAGAGUUCAAAAAAGGGCUAGAACAGAAAAAGGUGAAAGAGAUACUACUGUUGUUGUUGAGGAUCACCAGGAGAUCGUAAAAGGGCCGUAA